AUGUCUCCCGACCGUGAGGAGCUGACCCUAUUCCGAGACUUGUUCGAUGGAUACGACAAGCGGCUACGGCCGGCGCUGAGAAAGGAAGACAAUGUUACAGUCAUACUGGGUAUAUCUGUGCAUCAACUCAUUGACAUUGUGAGUACGUGGUGUAUGAGAUACAUUGUAUCCCUUUUUGACCAGGCUUUUGUGAUAAAAUAACAAUCUUAUUUCAAUGUCAUUGAUAAUUUUCCCUAUCUCAGGUCAGUACUGAGGGUUAGUGGAAACAGACCAAAGCUUUUCUUCUUCCUAUCUGUUGUUUUUUGUUGCGAGUUAUAACGAUAUUAAUAUAGUUGAGCAAAGACUGAAAAAUCAUGAGUAGAAAGUUAUUAUAAGCCUAACACUUCCAGGUACCCUGCACGGCUUAAUUUUUCAAAGAUCAUACCUCUCAACUGAUAAACAUACGAUUUAUUUUAGCGUGUUUUGGUUUUUGUUUGCAGAACGAGAGAAAUGAGCUCAUGCGACUUAGCGUUUGGGUGAGGCAGGUAAGGUUUAAGGUCUUCGAGUCUCUGGGCCAUGAGCUUAACCUUUUUUAAGCAUCAGGCAAAUGUAGGACUUCUGUUCUUCUCCGGUGCGAGUUAGUUCAUCUCAGCUACUCCUUCCCCCCCCCAAUAAUUUAUCAUUUUCACAAACUUUUUUACUGGUACCCAGUCCAUACUCCAGGGUGGGGAGAGUGUACGAGUGUAAGCACGUGAAGUGUGUAUAGUUUUACAUGCUGAAUAUACUGAAUCAGUUUUCGCUAUUUUCUUUAGAAAUGGGUGAAUCCUUUCCUCCGGUGGAAUGCAACACACUACGGAGGAAUUACGACUAUUAAUGUUAACCCAACAGAAGUUUGGAAACCCGACUUAGUCCUUUACAAUAAGUAAGUAGUUUCGUUACAAAUAGGCAUAAAAAUUGGAUGAUUGUUAAGGGUUUGAAGAGAUGGACGUAAGUCUGUGUUUGAUUAUUAGAAUGAUAAAUACUUCAGCUGUCAAAUUACAUUAACGCAAUCAAAAAUUUUGUGUAACUAUUUUCUGAGUGUACUCACAACUUUAUUUCCUUUUUCCCCAACAGUGUCGAUGACAGCACAGACGGGUCCCUGGCGAGAUUUAAAUCACAGAUUAAGGUUUCUAGUGAUGGUACCAAUCUUUGGUUGUCUCCAGUAAUCCUUAUAAGCUCCUGCAAGAUCUACGUUAAGUACUUCCCUUUCGACGAACAGCACUGUAAGUUGAAGUUCGGAUCAUGGACUUACGAUGGCUUUCAACUAGAUUUAAGGCCUGAAGCAGAUGAAGGUGUUUCUGAUAAGUUUGUAAGCAAUGGAGAGUGGGAUCUGGUUGCUGUUCCCUGCAAAAGAAAUAUCGUAAAAUACGUUUGUUGUCCAGAGCCAUACCCAGACGUCACUUACGAAGUGCAGAUUCGGAGAAGAACUUUGUUCUUUUUUUUCAACAUGAUCAUCCCUUGCCUUGUUAUUGUAGGUAAGUGAGUACUGGUACUGGGGCGUAAGCUAUGCAUUCAUUAAAGAGCUCAAAUGUUCAAUACGCUCAUAAAAUAGGAUAUAGGUGUCGGAGACUUCGUCAUUCUUGCGUGACACAUGUCAGAUGAUGAGUGUGAACAUUAUGUUAAGAGGUAGAAGCACCGCCUGUAGUGAUUUUGGGACAUUGAUCGGUUUACAUAAUCAACGCAACCUUGAAUGACCUUUUAAAUCAGUACUUAUCUACAACCAAUUACGAAAUAGGUGUUGAAUCUACACAUAGCAAGAUGCUCUCCGUCCCGACCACCACUGUAGCUUGAUUAUCAUCUACAACAACACUGUGAUGCGGACUGAAUGUUAUUUCUCUCCACAGGUCUCACAAUCUUGUCCUUUUACCUUCCACCUGAUUCUGGUGAACGCAUCUCAUUGGUCAUCACUAAUCUCCUUGCCAUGACAGUGUUCAUGUUGUUGGUGGCUGAAAUCAUUCCUCCGACAUCAGAUGCCGUAUCUAUCAUAUCCACCUUUUAUUCCUGCUGUAUUUUCGAGGUAUGUUUCCAUCACGACCGAAGUAACUUUUAGUACUUAGUAGGUAACAAUCAUUGGUGUAAGAUGUGGAACGAGUGCUACCGUUAACGGAUAUUAUGGCACAACUUUACAGAGGGUCAUAUUUGGUAGAUUUCAGUGCGAACGAUUAAAUUUGAAGUUUGUACAUUUUCGUUAACCGACCACGCGAAAAAUGUGCAAAAAUAGAUAAUUAGAUAAUAAGUCUACGUUUCCGUUGGCUUAGAUACUCUGAAAACUAUAUCUAAGUUGGGAGUUAUUAUGGCAAACUCUUGUAAAGCGGAAAAUAUGAAGCCAUGUUACAUUCAAGUUACCUUUCCGCGCUAAGUCGGUAAAAGUAGAAUUAUGGAAGAAAUGUUGACAUCAAAUCACUUGACCGCUAAUGAUUCUAGUUAUUGAAACGAUGAUCAGUCUUCCUUAAAUUUUUUCAGGUUGGAAUUGCUCUUAUUGGGACAUGUGUGGUUCUCAAGUAUCAUUUUUCAAAUCCCUCUAUUCACAAGAUGCCAAAUUGGCUUCGCUUUGUGGUCCUCCACUGCUUGGGAAAGCUUUUUCACAAGAAACUUCGUGAUGACAACUCGGAAAACCCAUUAGAAACAGGAGCCCCAUUCGAAAAACGUAAACUUGUGAGGUCAGACAAUGGAUACAUCGAGGCGUUUUCACCUCGAAACGAAGCCCUGAAUCAAAGAUUUGGUUUGCUCGAGAGGAGACUCUCUGGAUUAGCGAGUGGAAAGUGGACCACUGAAGGAAGAACGUCUUCAGACGACAGAGAACAUAGCAGAUCCUACGUUGGGAACGACGUCACAGAAGAGACGCGAUAUGAUGACCAAACCUCUCUGACAAAAGCCAUUACGCACAAGCAGGGAGCCAUUGCAAAUGCUUUAGAAAAACUGGUGGAGGCUCAAGAAGCGCAGGACGAAGAAGGGAAGCAACGCGAGGAGUGGAUGAUGGCUGCGUCAAUCGUGGACACCACUUGCAUGUGGAUUUUUACGCUCACUUUGAUAGCUUCGCUUAUUGCCUUGUUUUUUCAAAUUCCAAAAUAUGAUUAACGCACGAAAUUGAUAUUCUUGACUGCUUUGCAUGGACGCGUGAGACUGUUUCACGCGCGCUGAUCGAAGUUGACAAAAUUUGACCUCUUUUAGUUAUCGGCUCGGCCAUAGGCUAUACAGGGUUGUCGAGAAAGGAAAGUUCACAAGCUUUGAAAAUUAAAGAUAAUUUGUCCUUAACAACUCUUUGCUGAAUCUACCAAGCAUUACUAUGCAAGCUUGAUAUUAGAAUUUGGUGUUACGUCAAAAUGACAUACUGAUAAAAGGCGGGGUUUAGACUGACUCAGUCAUGCUUUUAAAACCGACGAAAAUUCUCCCUAUGCGUUUUUCUGAAACAACAAUGUCGAUCAAGUUCCGUAGAGUAGCCCUUUGAAAAAAAUUGAAUUUUGUAUCCAUCAUUGAAAUUUAUUCCAGUAUAGAUAUUUGACGCUGUAAAUAAUAGCUUGCACUAUAAUUGGGUCUUUAUUUCCUGCUUUAUAUGUCCAUUUCGGAUUUCGUUGUAAUAUUUGACGUUUCAUCUCGAUCUUAGUACUUUGUUAGUUGGUUGAAUCGGAUGGAUCAAAAAUUAAAUUAAACCUUUCAUUCCCCUCUUGGGCUUUUCAAAAUAUAUUUUUCUGUAUAAGUAUUGAUUUUCUUUAAGAUCAGUAUUGAGUUAAAAUCACAUUUUAAGAACAUUGACAUUAUUUAGGCAACGUUCAAGCCCACUGCACAUCUAAAACGUUUUUGGACGAAAACCAACCUGUUUGUUUGCUUUUUGUUUUUUCCGUUCCUUUUUUUUUUUUUUUUUUUUUUUGCUUUUUUCGUAAUAUUACUUGUGUUUUUAUAUUUUUACUCCUUUUUUUUCGGAUUUCUCUUUCAUGGCGAUUUUUUAUUCGUGCCCGGUGAUCGUUAGCAUUGACUUCUGAACUCUGAGGGAGUUAAUUUUGACCAAAACAUACAUGGUUGGAUAUCAGAGAAUUUGCGUCCACCCCGUUAAACUGUUGUUAAUGUAAACGUAGAUCCAUCAUUAUACAUUAUGGCCUCGAGGGUGCUAGUUGAAGUCGUUUUUUUUUGUUCAAUUUUUGAGUAAAACACAUUUUUAAGCAAGUCACGAUAUUCUUAUUCUAAAGUUAGAAAACUUAUCUUGGCUACGAUCUUCAUUUCACAACAAAUUAUAAAGAAGGAAACUAUAGGUAACGUUCUCAAGUAAAUGGUUCUGUUGUAAUUUUCCAGUUGGCUGAUAGAUGUAACUUGAAUAAAACAAAAAUUGAGUAUGCGGGCUUGAUGGAUUGGUUCCCACCCAAAACGAGCGAAAUAAGAUUUAACUGACCACCUGGCUUGUGUAUGACUUCGCACCUCUCUCCCUAGACACCACCUACAACCUCUUAAAAUGCGGUUCUUGGCGCUAGAUCCUAGAAGGUUGCAAAACAUUUUCGGCGAUAUCAGCUGUCUCCUUUAGUCUUUAAGGUUGAGAAAUUGCAUUUGGAAUUCCAAACAUCAAAUUGGUGACUCCAUUUCCGACGCACUAAGACGUAAUUUUGUAUAAACAGAAAACGUUCAUCGUUCGCUUUUUCCUCUUCCUCUUCCUCUUUGCAGUUUGUAGGUCAGAGCGUUACAAAAAAAUAUGAGCAAAAGUAAUCUGUAAGCAAAGGGAUAAAUUUGAUGUCAAGUCACUGAUAAUAUAGCUUUCGUAUUACAUACCCAUGGUCUUGAAAUGGAAAAGGAACUUCAAAACAGGAUGAAUUGUUGACUAAUUUCUGAAGCACUUUUUCACCCCUAAGACUCGAUUUGGUUAACUUAGAAAGUAGAUAUCCAAGUGAUCAAAAACCCUCACUUCUGAAAGGUCUAAGUUCGUUGUUAACUUAAUCCAAAGGUGAUAACAAAAUGAAACCAUAUAUAUAUAUAUAUAUCUAUAAAUAUAUAAAUAUAUAUAUAUAUAUAUAUGCAUGCCACCACGAGCAAGCCUAAUUUUCUGCGUGUUUUUCCUUCCCAGUAGAAAGUAUCGUGAUUUGGUGACGGUUGAAUCUGGUCACAAAUGUCUCUGUUGAAAAGAUAUCGUCACCUUGCUUUGCUGCCUUAACGCCGUGUAAAUUUAAAACGCUUCUCUGAUCGGAGACUAAUGUGGGCAAGCUAAGCAGAACACUCGCAGCCUUCAUGGCGCCGUAUAUUCACUUUAUUUGUUUAUACAUCUGUUAGCUCGCGCUGUGCUGAUCUCUGAUUCCCUGAUAAGAAAGCAAGUUAGUAGAAUUCCUUUGCUUGCUAAUUAUACGGUUCAGAGAAUUAGAAUUUAGAAUUUUCAAAGUAUGGUGUAGAAAAACGUUUAUACUUUUUACUUUUGAUUUUAUUUAAAUGUGAUAAAUAGGAAAAAGGCGGUCUAGUUAUUUAUACUUUUAAAUCUUGAUGAUUUAUUUCAUUUGUGUGUUUUCAACAUCUCAAGAAGCGGUAUUAUGUGAAUGUCAUUAGGGAAAUUUUCAUUUAUCCAUAAUCUAAUUGUUCUUUUGUUUCAGCUGUAAGCAAAGCAAAUUAAUCCGAAACCGCCAUGGCACCUCAAGCUCGUGACAGUACUCAACAAACAUUACGGUAAAGUGUUUAGACUUGUUUUAAUUAGAAACAAAUUUUGCUAGUGUUCGAAAUGUUUACUUACGUGAAAACAAAUGGUGAUAGAGUAGUGUUUCAAGUUUUGUUUUGUUUUGUUUUGUUUUGUUUUGGUUUUUUUUUUAAAUUGAAUCUGAGCGUUUGCGUAUAUUCUAGACAGCCUAGUUUGAAGCAACUUCCUCGAUCACGUGAGAUUUGUAAUGGGUUUAUCUGCUGUCCCAGUCAGAACAAAACGAACAAGUUACAACUAUGGAAAACUUCUAUCAAACAAAGCCGAGGGUAAUCUAAGACUUGAUCUAUCUGGAUGGGUCUGAGACCUUAUGUGAAAAGAAAAGUGAGGAACAUGAAGUGCACGUGUUCUAUUAGCAGAUGAACACGACAUUUUCCGUGACAAGUGAUUGUCAAAUAAAUUUUCUCACAGCAGGUCAGGAAUUUCUUUGAAGUGUAAUCCACCUUCAACCUUAUUAUACCUCUUAUGGAUUUUGUUAAUAAGACCUGGAUUUUGGUGUGUUUUAGCAGCCAAGUUGUUCAAAGGUAACUGUGUUGGCUAGUGGAAAAUUAAGAAGAUCACGCGAUCCAAAACGCUACUUAAGCGAACUGUGAUUUAAAACGUCAAGACAACCAACGUAAACCUGGUUCGGUAGGUACCUGUUUUAAGUGUGUGUAAAUGUUUUUUUGUCGGCCGAUUGCGAUGUAUUUCACGCGCAGUUUUUGGAAUUAAUUCACGGCGAAGUUUCAUCUGAAAACGGCGCAGAUAUAAUAGCGGUAAAAACAUGGCGGCAUAUAUGAAGCGUUAGGAAGUAGCUUGGCGUGAAGAGGUCUAUUUAAGUUAUGGAGCGAAGUGGAGAUAACUUGGAACGUAGUGUUUAUGUUAUGAAUUAUUUGACUCCCUAAAAUAAAAAUGAAUAUUAUGGUGGCAGACUUCAGAAGGCAUUAGAGACUGAAACAUCUUUCUCGGACUCUUCUUCACUUUUCUUCAUCCUAGGAGAACAUGCAGAAUACAAUAACAUAGUUCACUUUAUUUCUUAAGUCAAUAUAAUUAUUUUAAGAGAAGUGCAUUUCAAAAUUACCGUGUUCAUCAGUGAACAAAUCCAGUACAAUUAUAUGGCCUAAGAGCUAACAGUCAUAUUACGCAAAUUUUGCCUAUGACUUGAAUUGCAUCAGCGUUUUUUCCUUCUGGUGACCUUUUUUACCCAUGGUAAUUAGUAGAGGCUGAGAAAGAAAAUGGAAUGUUCAGAAAACAGUACAAUGUUAAAUUUGUUCCCUUGGCGAUAAUUUGAUGAGCCCGAACAUAUCUAUAAAUGUUUUUUUUAAUAAUCGUCCAUCUGUAAGCUCAUCCAUCCUCCAUUUUAACUCUCAAAUCAAACGAAAAUCGCUCCAUAUUUCAUCGCCAAACUUAGGGAAAUAGUCAUUUCUUUAAAUUAGAAAAUUAUGCAAACAGUAUCUGGAGAAUUUCGAAAUUCCGAUCUUGUAGAUAAAAUGCGUUGAAAUCGCAAGGGUCUUAAUUGAUUAUUAUCCCUUCUUUUUUAAAGAUACGGUAAAAGUAGGGUUUCUUUGACAAUGAAUUAUUACCUAUGAAGGUGGAGUUAGCAAUCGGCAGCAAACGCGAUACAACACUUGUGUUGUACAAAACAUAAUUCUCUUUUAAUUAAGAGCGGAAACUUUUAACGAUGGUCUGUCAUUUUACAUGGAUUAACUAAAAGUCGGAUGAAAUGAAGUACUGACCUUGAUAAUCGAGAGGUUAUGCACGAAAGUACAGCUUUAAAUUUUCACACUGGUCUUUUUUAACUAAUUACAUUGAAGAGUAGUGUUUUAAGAUUGGAAAUAAUAAGAAAAAGAGGGUUUGAUAGGAGUUAUUUAUUGCUUUUUGCUGUUUAAGUCACUCUAAGCUUCUCUUUAAAAAUCAAUAUUGAAAUAAGUUCACGGCAAACUUAAACGAUAAUUAACAAUCCGAAAUAUAAAAACGUUUUCAAGGACUGUUUGGGCAAAGGAAAGAGGUAGGAAGCAGCUGAUGGGCUCUUAAGAAAGAUCUGAAAAAUGUUGUCCCUAGGUUCCUUGAACUAAAGAGUUGAAGUCAUUCAUACAUCUAUUCUCAUGAUGUCAUUGUCGCUGUACAGCCAUCAAUGAUUCUUUCACAGUCUGGUAUUACUGCCCCAAGAAAUUUUUGUAAUUGACAUUCAAUUUCGAGCAGUUCAAAUUAUUCAACUUCCUCCCAGAGCCGCUCUACAGAAGAAGAACCGUUUUCUUUUAAUAUUUUGGACGAUACUAUGAUCACACGUUGCUCGAUUCAGCACCUCAUUAUAUUGUUCGGAAUCAAUUUGGACGUGGAAAGUCGAGAGCAACUCCUAGUUGCUCUCGGCUACGCCUCGAGCAACUCUAGCUUCUUGAGUGCUCUCCAAACUUCCCGCCUGCUUCAUAUCUCGAUGAAUGCACAGCUGACGUAUGAACCAAUCGUUUUAUAACAUUUUCAACCCGAUGGAAAAUUUUUUCUCGAGGGAUUUGUUUGCAGACGUCAUGAGCGUGCACAAUAGGAAUAUGAAGCACGCUCGCGCAAUUGAAUUUGAUUAGACAAAUUUACUAGCUAUGUUAUAAUAUCAGUUUGGGGAUAAAUAUUUAAUCCAAUACUAAACUCUCUAAACUAGCAUUAUAAGAAUUGCAUGGUUGACAGUAAGGGGAAUUAAAAAUUUGAUCUGGGAGUUAAAGGGAUAAGGAGCAACAAAAGCUCGUGGUUAUUUGCUUUCUUUUCUUUUCUCAGAUCGAGCUGCGAGGUUGUAGUGAGCCCAGUGACACUUCUGCAGAGAUGUACUACAUGCGACCGACCAUCUUUGUUUUGGUAGUGUGUUAUUGUGUUAAGUCAGGCAUUGGUGAAAACUUUCAAGGUAGAGAAUAUGUUACGACCUCAAGAGAUAAUCACUCAUUAUAGAAAUGCGACGUAUCAUCAUAAAUUGUGUAAUAUGACUGGGCAACGCGGGUACCCUGCAAGCCACAAAAAGAGGCAAAUUGCCGGGUACAGCUGCCUUAAUUUAACUUAAGUAUUUUUUCAGUUCACGUCAAAAAAAAUUAAAUCCUUGUUGAAGGCUCGUAACGACACAUUUCUUAAGUAAAAUCUUAAGGAAAGGCGACAAAGACAAGUGACCUCGGGUCGUCAAAAGGAACAAGUGUACAUGAUCAAGACAGAGUUAAUGAGUAACUAUUAUAUGUCUGCUGUCUAAGUCAGUGAUGUGAAUUCCUGACGGAUUCUACUAUUUAUUAAAGGACAAGAGGUCAACAUUUAUGUUUAUGGCAAAAACAAUAUUACCUUUCAACGAUACAAAUAUAAAAAAUUCUCUCCGCAGAUGGAGAUUACGACGAAAGACUGGUAGAAUUCCUUUUGAGUCACAGCAAAUCUCGUCGUCCUGUCCUUUCGAUUAAGGACAAUGUUACAGUGCAGUUUGGAAUAACUUUGAAUCAAAUCAUAGAUGUGGUAUGUAUCAUGACAAUCUUAUCCUGUCGAGAAAUCGCACGGUUUCAGGAACUCUCUGGCUGAAGUAAACGACAAUGACACUAAGAUGUGUCGCGGAAACAGGAGUAGUAGUGAAUGCUUCCUAAGCGCAUGAAAACUCUCUGGACCUUUCAUUCCCACUGUCCUUCGUGUUUACCAGUGGGCCGGCUUUGCAUAAUCAGAGUUAUUUAAGCUAGACAGUACAAUCAUAUUGGGUAGGAAGACAGCUCUCUGGGUUGUUUGUUUUACUUUCUUUACAGGUUGAAAGAAAUCAAAUUCUAAAACUGAGUCUUUUCAUCAGGCAGGUAAUGGCACACAUCUGCAUGUCAUUUAAUAACGGUUCAAUUUAACUUUGAAAAUAUACGUUUUUCCCCUAAAAUCUUCAGCGCGGGUCAUAUUACGGAUAUUUCAAUAAAUGCUUUUGCAAAUAACACGUUCUUUUCGCCAUGCAGUCCUUGCCUUUCCCUAUACCAUGGUGAUUUCGAUCUCUAGUAUCUCAAUCGGCGCGUAGCUGUCAACAUUAAUUGGGGCAGGAAAGGGAGUGGCCUAAUCAUAUUUAAAAUGAAAGAUCAAUCCGAAUGGAAUUAGAAUGAACAACUAAAACCUGUGCACUGACAUGAUAUGGAAACGAAACUCUUGUUGAUACAUUGAGAGAACAUAAACAAAAACUUAUCGAAAACCAAGCCACUGGAAUACUGAAUUGAUUUAGUCAGACCCCAUUCAAUCGGCCAUUUCUUUAUUUGGACAGAAACAGCAACUACAAAAAUCCCUGUGAGGAAGUUAAGGGUACAAGGUAAAUUUAACCACGGAGGUUAUUGAAUAGUUUUAAGAUCAUAGCUUUAAGACCUUUUCACGUAGGUUUUAGCACAAUUGUAUCUAUAUCAUUGGCAUAAAAAGUGAUCUAGUAUUUGGUACAGUGAGGUAGAUUGGCAAUGUAUCAAAUUUACUUUAACAGCGAAAAACUAGGCGAGAAAGUAGCUGUUGUCGUUUUCUAUGGCGUUAAAUUUUUGUAACAGUACCAUAAUGGUUAUAUAUUUAACGGUUGUAAUUUAUCACCUUCACCACUGUAAUCAUUAUACAUAGGAUGAUGUGAAAUUCCGUAGUAUGAUACGGCAGCAACAAAGCCAUGUCCUCCUGAAAAAUGAUGAUUGAAUAUAAAAGACGCGCGUGUGCAAUAAAAGUUAAUCCCAAUAGUAUAAAAAUGAAAAGGACUGGUUAACUUUAAGUUCAGUCGACGGAUGGGGAUGUAAUCCACUCUCAGACCUCUCGAUUUUGUGGUGAGAUGCUCUACCACUGAACUAAAAAGAACUGAUCAGCCGAGGCAUGUUUCAUAUGUGAUAAGCUUAAGCGUCCUCUCUACCACUGGGAUCAGCACUUAUCCUCUCGCGGCCGCAGCGCACAUAUAUAUUUGACAAGGAGCCUGACUUACUAGGUGGACUGUCCAUUUUAGCCUUGUCGCCCUCAGUUGAGUGGCUUAAACUCGUUCUUUGGAAACAAAUUGAUUCGUUUUAAAAAUCAAAAUUGAGAAGAAGCUGAAUGAUGAUGAACAGUAAAUCAAAUUGAACGAUAGCUUGUUAUUGAGAUGUGACAAUUAAGGAACAAUGGCUACUGUACAUAUUUACCAUCUUUUCUUGUUCGUUGUCCUUUGUGUACGCGAGAGGAAACGAAAUCGCCAGACCCAAAGUUAUCAGCAAAAUAAAGCAGUUCAUGUUUCGUCGGUGAUCACUUUUUAAAAGAAAUAACCAAUAUCAUGUAAUGAAUCUCAUCGAGGCGACAUUAAUUGCUCUGUAACGUGACAAAGAAUUCAGAGGACUAAACAUCAGUGAUUCUGUCGACAAUAAAAUAUAUACCUUGUUCUUGAGAUUCGCUUUGAUUGAAGAAAUCCGGGGUUAAAUGAUUCUAACUGCAAUCGGCUGAUCAUCUUAUAUGUGUUUCUCCUUUCCCAAUAUGUUAUAUGUUUAUUUUGUACAAUUGUAUCUCUAGGCGUUCUAUAGGAUAAGAUACUUUAUUUAACAUCAAAUACACAGAUGGUUGUUUCCCAGCCCCUCACGCCAGAGACUUAUAAUGGAGCUAAAGCUAAAAACAAACGGAAACAAAGAAAAAAACAGUAUAAUUAAGAUCACAUUAAGGCCGGAUUCCUAACAAAAGUUAAAAUUAAUCCUCUUUAUCGUAAAUUUUUUUAAACUAAAUGGCCCAAAAGUUGUUAUUACAUGACCUCACGGUACAUGUAGCAGUUUGAUUAAAGUGAAAUGUGUUCUUCCUAAAUCUGUGUACAUGGAUAUCUUCUCCUCUUCAUUUACUCAUAUCACUAUAAUCAGUUCAUUUUGUAUAGGUAAUCACAUGAUUUCGAGUGCAAUUUGGAAUAAAUAAGCACGAGUAAAUUUUUUUUAAAGACUAACAAAAUUGCACGAGCCCGUAGGGCGAGUGCAAUUUGUGGUCUUUGAAAAAAUUAACAAGUGCUUGUUUAUUCCAAAUUGCACAAGAAAAAUGAUGUGAUUACGUGUUAAUAAUAUACAUGGAAAAAUACGAAAUGGCUCAUCAUAAUUAAACAUAAGCAAAGCGCGCGCGUCAAGUGCAAAAAUAAUUUAUUCAAACCUUGCGUUCGGUCAAAACAACCGCGUACGAUCAAAACAAUAAUAAAUUAUGCAAUGAUAUCUUCACAUCUUUAAGGUGCAAAAAAGUUCAAAGUCCGGCUAAACAGUUCAAGGAAUUGUUCAGUCUGUGUCCGAAUCACUUUCGAUGAAAUGGAAUCGUCGUUUCCAAGGUUUAACCAUGUUUUUUACUUUCGGCGUGUGAUCGCUCGAGCAAAGUGUUAAGCUGGGUCGGCUCGUAAUUUUCGAUUUCCUCGGCAAUUCCCUUCUCUAAACACCCCUUUUUCCAAACCGACAACCAAAAAGCAGUGCUUUUUACAGUGUUUUCGUUGUUUAAGCUGUUUUUCAGCUGCGGUGGCGAAAGAAAGCCUACUUAAAACACCGGCCAUUGUUUUGCUCGCAAAUUUUCCAAUUUUCAAAUUUUGUUGCGACAUCCAAGGCUCGCAUUUGAUUGGCUAUCUGUGAGUUUCUUUGAUUAUUGACCAAUCAGAAUGUCUUAUUUGUUUCUUUCUUUGCACUGAAUUAACCCUCUUCUGCACUGAAUUAACCCUCUUCUGCACUGAAUUAACUCUCUUCUGCACUGAAUUAACUCUCUUCUGCCCUGAAUUACCUGAAAACUGCAUUUAUCUUGACCAAUCAGAACUAAGUAAUUUUUUCAUGUAUAUUAUUAACCCCGUUAAAGAAUACUGAAUAACUUUUUCUGACCUUCGAUUUGAAAUGGAACAAAAACAUGCAGUUUUAUUGAAAAAACAGGGUUUUUGUUGCAAGAAAAAGCAGUAACUGAGUUUUCAUUAAUGAUUCUUAACCAAAGCUUAGAUUGAUCUUAUUUAGUGAAGGUCUUUAUAUUAAAUGGCCCAUACAUUGUUCUUGUUUUACCUUUGGGUUAUUAUUUUACCUUAGGGUACAUGUAGAGGUAACUGUACGUAAAUAGCUUUUUUUCUCUCUUAAUUAAUGUAUAUCACUAUGGUCAAUUCAUUUUGCCGUGCUUGAGAAAAUUGAGGAACUUCAAUUAGAGGAGGAACAAAAUUGUGCAUUUUUUUAUGGAAAAAAAAGAGGUUAACACAGAUUACAAAAAGGAUUCUUAGAUAGAAUAAUUUUGCUCUGAACCUGACGAAAAGGGGUUCUAAAAUAGAACUACUCAUUUUUUAAGUGAGGAAAUAGGAAGCCAAUGAAAAACAAAACAGGAUAUGCUAUUAAAAAAACAGAUGAUGAAAUUUUAGGAGCCCUUUGCACCAUUCUUUGGAAACGGAACAACAUCCUGGGUUUGAAGAAUCUUUUCCUUUUCCUUUCUCUUUUGACCAAUUGCUGCAUAUUUUGUAUUUGUAUGAGAUUGACUUUUAAAACAUAUCUACAAAAAAAAAAAUUAUCGAUAACAAAAAUUCAAUCUUCUUUCGUCUCAGGGAAAAUAAGUCGCAUCCACUUUAAAUCACUUAUCAAUCAAUUGUAAAUUAUUUGCAUAACAUCGUGUUUUGUCUGACAAGCUUUAGAUGUCUAUAGGUUUUAGUCGUAGGAAGCUCAUAGGAGUAACGUGACAUUUUCUUCUCGCCUUAUUGGAGAAUCAUUUUUUUUCCAUGUAUAGGUUUGGGUAAAUCCUUUACUGCGGUGGAAUGUGAGUGAUUAUGGUGGAAUAACAGAAGUUAACAUCGAUGCGGAUAAAUUAUGGACACCGGACAUUUACCUCUAUAACAAGUAAAUGUAUUUAUAUUAGCUGUGAAUAUAUGAAAGUCAUACAUUUGAACUGCGGAUAAAGACGUGAAUAUGAAAGCGAUCUUCGCAGUUAUGAACACUACUUAAGCAGUAUAGUGAAAAGAAGGCCUGAAAAAAAUUCAGGCCUGCACCGGUAUCGCAGAGGUUCAAAUCCAGUACAGGCCUGAGUUUUUUUCAGGCCUUCUUUUCACUACUGCUUAAGUAGUGUUCAUAACUGCGAAGAUCGCUUUCAUAUUCAUGUAUUAAUAUUCUUCACUAUCAUUUCCUAUUUCUUAAGAAAAUAAGGGCAGGUGAAUAGUAUGCCCGUUUAUGAACGAUUUUCAAUUGAGUAUCUAUAAAGUAAUAUGGGAUUGUUUUGUUUUUCCUUUACUUCGCUCUGUGAUUGGUUUAGAAAACUUGCGCCACUAUUACAACCCAUGGAUCGGGAGCAAAACUAAAAAAAAUCCAUUUUCUGAGAGAUCAAGAGAGAUCCUUCCUCAGUAAGGACUUAAUUUCUGUUUCUAUUUCUGGAAAGACCGACGAAUUUUUCAGUUAAGCAAGGCGUUGCUAUUUGGACAAAAUUAUGGCUCCCAUCGUCAAAACAUUACUAUUAUACAUAAAAGACAGCCAACACGCACUUGAAGUUUUUCGCAAGUUUAAUUUCAUUCACUCUUUUUACUCUCUCUCCCAAAGGUGAAGGUCUCCUGGCCCUCGAACAUUUUUUGUUCGUACUGUUAAGGAAUCUACCUCUAAAACACUGCUCCGCCUAGCCGUACUGAUGCUGACACUUAAUUGCUUUUCUUGUGGGGAAAACUAUAACCAAAAAACUGAUGGCGUAGCUAUGGGUACCAAAUUGGGACCUAACUACGCUAAUUUUGUAAUGAUCUCUACGAUCGCUAAAUUGACGACUGUAUCGGAGCUACCUCCUCUACCAAAGAGGAGCCAACUCCGUUUAUAAACACUAUCAAUUCCUUCCACCAGGCUAUAAAAUACACUUGUUGGGCCUUUUUGGAUAUCAAAGUUUCAACUGACGGCAAUGGUCUAUCCUCUGGUGUUUACUACAAACCGACAGACUCAAAUAGUUACUUGUGGUAUUCAGUCAUUUUUGCAGUUUGGAAUUGACCUCGUGUAAAUAGCCGGCUCUUGUUGUUUUACUUAUUAGUGCGGACGAUUCCAGCGAUGGGGCUCAGGACAGGAUGAAAACUAAGAUAAAGGUGAAUCACAAUGGCAUUAACACAUGGCUAGCACCCUCCAUACUCCAGAGCUCAUGUAAAAUUGACGUACAUUACUUUCCCUUUGACGAGCAGGUGAGUAAACAUUAACCCGUCGCAUUUCACUUAGUUACAGUUACGUGGAUCGUAACUCAACAUGUAUAUUCUCACUGCAACGUCACUGUACGCGUUUUCACGAGAGUAAAUUGCAUUGUUAAUUUUUUUUUACCCAGGACAAAGGUCAUGUAAAGAUAAUUCUUUCUGACGCUCAAAAGAGUCUGGCUAUUAAUGAGGAUCGCGGCGUAUCGACUGCCACAUUGUUUCGUCAAGCAAUGACGUAUGAUUUUUAAAAGUGUUGUUUUUAGGGUGAAUGCUGUCGAUUCUGCGAGAAACAACUGUUUUUUAUACUUCCUUUUCAGACAUGUUCUCUAAAGUUCGGCUCGUGGACAUAUGACGCAUGGCGUGUUGAUAUGAAAGCUGAAAGCGCUUUCGCUGAUACCAAAACAACACAAGUGAAUGGAGAAUGGGAUUUAGUAGGGUUCCCCUGUGGGAGAAAUGUCAUGAAAUAUGAAUGCUGCCCGCAGCCUUACUCUGAUGUCACCUGCACUUUAAAGCUACGGAGAAGAACAACAUACUUCUUCGUCAAUUUAAUUGUUCCUUGUUUUCUAAUCACACGUAAGUUAAAAAUAUCAGCUGUAACAGUCAAUUAUAUGUUUCUUAACCCUUUUACUCCUAAGAUCUCAUGAUCUCAGGUGGAUAUUUACCGAGCUGCGAACCGACACUGAGGUGAAUACUUUUUUUAGUAUAUACCACACAGAUAUCAAAAAAUAAGUUCAUUUAUAUACCGAAAAUGGUCGGAGAUUGAACUCUUGACUCGUACCAUUUUGUCUCAUCGGCUGCUCAGAGUUCAACAGUACUUGCUACUCACUUCCAAACAAGCCAAUAAGCGCGCCCAUAAAGCACUAUUCACUUCUGUGGUAUAUACUAAUUUUCUUUACUCUCAGCACUUGUCUGAUUAACAUUGUAUUGAUAUUUUAAGGAGAUAUUCUGUCUUGGUUACUCAUGGAAGUUAAAGGCUUUAGAUUUUAUUGAUGUAAUUACGUGCUCAUCAAUCUCUGAUGAGCAUGAAAUUAUGCGUGUUACAAGUCUCCAACAAUUGAAAGGUUUGAGCCGGAGACCAUAGGAGCAGACUUGAUCAUUGCUGGUCUGCAAUCUCCGCCAAUAGCAGUGAAAAACUGUUCAACUAAUUAACUACAGAUCUGAAGCGCUAGCUAAUUUUUUUGUUUCUUUUCUAUUCUUUUUUUUUCACCAGUUCUGUCUCUGCUGUCCUUUUUCCUUCCCUCAGAGGCUGGUGAAAGAAUCACGUUGGUGAUCACUACCUUAUUAGCCCUGACAGUGUUCAUGCUGAUUGUUGCUGACAUAUUACCACAAACAUCUGAGGUAGUGCCAAUCAUCAGUGUUUAUUUCCUCAGUAUACUUAUAGAGGUAAGUUGUAUGAAAAAAAAACGGUCCUCUUGCUCUCUGUUUUUCGAUUGUAUUGUCACACAGUAAUGACACCGCGCUUCUGUAGUGUUGAAGUAAAGGAGCUAAAAGGCGCCGAAUUCAUUUUAUAUUUGAGUGGCUCAUAAAAGAGAUGGAAAAAAAACAUAAUGGAGAGAUAGUCGUGUAUAAUUUCAAUAAGUUAGAUUUAGACCAGAACUGACCAUCUGCUAACGGAACGGUUUGCUCUGUUUGCUUUGGAGAUCAUGUGUUGCACAGCUGCACAAAUAAAGACGUUUUAAGUCCAUUUAACCACUGCUGAUGAUGAGCUUCCUCAUUAAAUUUUAAAUGUUUUUUUAGAUGGGAAUACAAAACUGGAAUUUUAUUAAACAACAAAAUGGUCUAAAUCAAUCAGAACAAUGCUGAUAAAUUAUAUUUAUCUUAGCGCUCUCCAAGCCAUAAGCCAGUGACCUAAGUUUCUUUGGCAUUUCUCAGCGACUGCGCAUGCUCACCACCUCGCAGCCCUUUAGAGUUACCUGUUCAUAGCACCCUUCACUGGAUUAAUUUUCCCUACUUCCCGUACAAAACUUACCUCUUUUUCUGCAAGAGUCUGUGUUUUUCUUUUCAUUAUACGAAAUACCGGUAUGUGAUGAUGAAGGUUCACUGAUCACACUUUAUUCCUAACUAACAUGACACCAGAUUUGGUAUCAACUACAUGGUCGUUAGAAAUAAAGGCAUAACAGAUGAUAAAAGAUAUCUAAUUUACAUAUUGUAUCAAAUGUCUUCUCAUUUUCUAUUCCCAAAGGUCGGUCUUUCGCUAAUCGCCACUGUCUUAGUGUUGAAGUGCUACUUCACCAACCCUUCGUUCUCAGAAGUUCCUUUCUGGAUUCGCUUAGUAAUCAUCCAAUGGUUGGGUAAACUUUUGAAAAUCGAAGUUAAAAGAAAACGAAGGCAAAUGCGCAAAAAGGAAGAAAAAGCAGCUGAAGAAGAAAAGAAAUCCAACCGACCCCUGUCUGUAGCAGAGUCGUUGGACCCAAAUUUUAAUUUGUUUCACCAAAGGUUCGCGAGCCGAAGGAACACAGAGGCAAAUAUUAACUUACUUGAACAUCACAAUGCACACAAAUGUGGAACUUGUCAUGAGAUGACGGUGGAUAUGCUUCAUUUGGGACACGGACUUCACUCCAGGAACAUCAGUAGAUAUCCUUCGAGAACUUCAGUCAGGAGGGAGUCCGUGUACGAUAAUGCUCCCAUAAAUAAUGAUGAUCUCAAAGCGAACACGUCCGCACAUUCGAAUUCAAACUCGCUUAUCACUGCCAUGCUCCAUCAGCAAGAGCACCUGGUGCACUAUGUGAAGAAACUGGUACGAGCUGUUGAAGAACAGGACGAGUAUGAUUCUAAAAAAGAGGAGUGGAUCCUAGUUGCGGAGAUUCUAGAUUCCUUUUUCCUCUACUUGUUUGUGAUUAUCAUGAUUGGAUCCACCAUAAUGAUUUUCAGCGUAGGGAAGUCACUGUAA